AAGGCCAUAAAGCCUCUCUCUUUUCUCUCACCCUACAAACAAAUUACAAAGAAUAAAAACCCAGUUUGUUUGUAUACGUCCUAAACUAUCAAAACGAAGAUGGGAUACAAAGUGUGCUUGAUUGUGCUGAUGGUGGUCUUGGCCAUGGUGGCCCAGUCAUCAGCUAAAGGGCAUGAGGCCAGCUGGGGCCUCAGCUUCACCACCCACGACGACGAGUCGCUGAUCGACAGAGCCAACGGCAAAGUUGGCGACAUGAUCGGAGAAGAAAACGAAAUGAUGAUGGACUCAGAGAGCAGCCGUCGAACACUUAGAGGGAGUCAAGGAAGGUACAUUGCGUACGGUGCCCUGAGGCGCAAUGCUGUGCCAUGCGGACGCCGCGGCCAGUCCUACUACAACUGCCAAAACAGGCAGAGAGCCAACCCUUACCAGCGCGGCUGCACCACCAUCACCCGCUGCGCCAGACGCUGAAUGUGAUCGACGGUGGAUGAUCAAUUCGGUUUAUUUACAAGACCAGAUCAAAGAGAAAUAAAUAAAAAAAGUACGUACGUACAAGGAUAUAUAGUGAAAAGAGAAUGAAAGUGGGAUCAAAAUCAUCGAUCAUCAUCGACAUUCAUGCUUUCAAGAUUAUAUGACUUCCUCCUUUUGAAUUUUUAAUUACUGUGUUUGUUGAAUUAUUAUGUGAAGUUGCUUGCUUCUGUAAUCUUUGUUUUGGUUAUAUCUAUAUAUCUUUAUUUACUAUAUAUGCUUGUAUUGUAUUUCAAGGAGGAAAUAAAUAUACCUUGGGUACGUAUGAUUUCAUUUCAA